AUGAACAUGGAUUCAGUAAUUGUCGAUUCUGAGGAGGUAAAAAGUAUUGAAAGUGUUAAUUUAGAGUUACAAUCGUUCGAUGAUUUAAUUCAAUCAUAUUUAAAAACACUCGCUAUACCUGUGGAACCAGCUAAUCCUGAGAAUUGUGAAUCAACUCCAGAUUACAUGAAAGUAGCACGAUUAAAAUUUUUCAUAAGUUUAAAUGAUUCGUACAUCGAUACUGAAAAUGUGAGAAGACAACUCAUGAAUUUAAUAGAACUAAAUAAUAUGUUACCGUACUAUGAAAAUUGUUGUGAAUAUUUUAAGUGGCCUGUUGAUGAAAAAUUAGUUGCGAAGAUGAAAGCAAAUAUUGACACACAAAUAAUAGAAUUGGAUAAGUAUGAAAAAAAUGAAGAAAAUACAUCCUAUGCAUGGAAGAAACGCUUAGAUUUCUAUUUAAAAAUUGGUGAUUACGAAAAAGCUUAUCAAUGGGCGUAUGAAAAGUCCGAGGAUUCAACAUUUAGUACAAACAGUCGUUUGGAGGCUACGUUUGCAUUAUUUCGAAUUGCUUACUGUGAUAAUUGUAAUGUUGCAGCAAUGGGAAAAUCUGUUGAAAAAGCUAAACAUUUUAUAGAUAGCGCUGAACAUAAAGCUGAUUGGACUGGACGUAAUAAAUUUAAAGCAUAUGAAGGUCUAUAUGGUUUGGCUGUUCGAGAUUAUAAACGUGCUUCUAUGAACUUAACCGAUUGUGUUUCAACCUUCGAAUCAUACGAAUUGACGGAUUUUAAUAAAAUCGUAAAAUUUACGGUAAUAGCUUCUAUGAUUGCAUUACCUCGUUGUGAUAUACGAAAGAAAAUUGUUAACUAUGGAUUAAUUAUGCAGGAGUUGAAUUAUCCUCAAUGUGAACAUUUAAAAGAAUUCGUUUUAUCAUUUAAUGAGUGCCGUUAUGGUGACUUCUUACGAAUUUUGGCUGUAACUGAGCUCGUCCUUCGAUUUGAACCAUUAACAUAUCCACAUUAUCGGCAGUAUAUACGAGAGAUGAAACUUAAAGCAUACGCACAAAUGUUACAAUCCUAUUCGAUUGUAAGUCUCAAACGAAUGGCGGAAAUUUUUGGAGUUACAAGUGAUUAUAUUGAAAAUGAUGUUAGUACAUUUACGGCUAGUGGUAAGCUUACCUGUCGUAUUGAUAAAGUGGCUGGAAAAAUAAUAACUGCUAAUGCUGGUAUUGCUUAUGAUCGCUCUUUAACUUAUCAAAACUGUAUUAAAAGGGGUGACUUCUUGUUGAAUCGUAUAAAACGAAUAGCCAGAAUUAUUGAGUCAUAG